AUGCCAACGAAGCGGUGAGGAAGCGAUGAGAUGAUGGAGAGCCGGCGAUGGCGUUGCUCAAAGUGCGCGACGAGUGUACGAAGCUGAUCGGACAUCGGUGAGUCCGCGAGAAACGUUCUCGAAAGGAACAGACGACGGCAGGUUUCUCAACUCGCACAUUUGUCUGGUCAUCGCGAUGCUGCAGCUUCUCGUCUGUUGCUGGGCCGUCGCUCAACACGUCAACUCGUACCUCAUGCACAGUAAGGUGAGACCGUGAAGUGCUGGAGAGCAAGACUAGGCAAGAGGCCGGCCCAGGCUUUUUGAGGCCUACACUUCAGAACCUUUUUCGCCUUCCAUGUACAUGCCCAAAUAUAAGAAGCCUGCAACGUUCUGGUCUGAUGGCAUUAUUGCAUGUUGUUCGGAAACUUAGGCUCAAGCUUUCAACAAGCCCAGAAUUGCUGUGAAGGCAAAGAGUCAUCCCAUGUUCAGAUUCUGAAGUGCGAUUUCCUAGAGGGCAGCCUCCCUCUCGAAGCAGUCGACGCCGUCAUCUUCGACAUUCGCCUCUUCCACUACUUGUGGGGAAUCCGUGGCUGCGUGGCCGAAUACCUCGAUGGCGGUGAGUCCGUUCCCACGACGCCGCCCUCCUUAUCCGUGCCCUCAGGCUUCGGACGUCUUCUUUGGUGUGUCUCCCAUUGUCUCACACUCAUUUUCUCGAUCCCCGUCACGUUCCUCUCGCAUCCCAGACCGUACCUCUUCUGGCCGUUGCUCUUCCAAGUAAGUUCAUCUUCUCCGUUUCGAUCAAAAAACAAGUAGGCGGGAGGGACGAAACGGUCCCCGGGGACGUCGCAAACGGAUGACAUUUGACGGGUUAUGUGCCCUGAACAGACAAUUGCUGACGGAUAUUUGAAAGCGCAAAACGCAAUAAAAGUGGUGUGAGACUGAAAAAGGACAAGAAAAAAGACGGAUUACUGUAGUCAACUGUGGACGUUUCGAACUCUGCGAGCGCACCGAAAUGUCCGUCGCAUCCUGCUGAAAUCUGAGCCGUUUUGUGAUCGGUUGGCGGGCAUGUCUAGACAAAAACUACAGUCUCUCUUUCAAUGGGUCACCCGGAGUAAAAAGACAAACACGUCCCGGCGGUUCCGUUUCGGAUCAAACCGACCAACAUCUUGCAUGGAGUCCUGCCGCGGACCUCCAGAAUCGAGAAAGUGCAACGAAGAUGAGGGUCGUUAAACGUUUACACUUGAGCCGAUUCCCGGGCCAAACAACUUUGGGGGGCCAUCCGAUCCGAACACAUGUCACCCCCAGGCUUCCCGACUCUCCUUCUCUCGCUCCCACACACUCUCUUCACCCAUCGCGCCCCACAUUUUUUGUAAUCGUUUCUUCCUCUUCUUCUAGAGCGUCGAUGAGAUGAAAGAAAAAAGAAGAAGAAAGAGAGAACACAUAAAACACACACACUCCGAUGGAUGCUACCGUAAUAUCAUAUAAAGUGUGUCUGCGUCUCACGGCGCUGGGGGCGCGAGGGAACGAGCGAUCGCUCGAAAGAUGCAAAAAGUGCAAAGAAAUUAGAAAAGAGACCGGUCGCAGCGUCUCCUGCCCAAACACUAUUUCCCGACCGUCGCCGGCUGUCUCUCUCCCUUUUUAACUAUAAAAAAUGCGGGCUGAACGAAGGCGAAAGAGAGUUUUUUGGACGCCGCCGCAGCUGCCGACACUGGAUGUUUCGAGUGAAGAGAAUGAUGAUGAUGAUGAAGACGAAGAAGAAGAACUGGGGGAGAGAGAAAUGGGCCACCGAGAGGGAGACUUCUUGAAGGGGGCUAGACACCGCAACAAGGUCAACAAAUGACUGGUAUGUAGACUUUUGGUUAGCCAUGUAUUGAACAGUUGUGAUCUCGAGUGCAGGAAGGUGAUUCCUUCGGAGACUUUUGGAUACCUCUGGAAUUCUGAAACGAUUCCACACUAUUCCUGAUUUGUGCUCAUCUCACUUCAGCUCUCUUGUGCAAUACAACGGGGUCAUCCUGCGUUUUUCGGCCGCCGGUUUUUGCUCACUCGAAAACCAAAAGUCCAUGAAAAGAAGAUCGGGCCCAUAAAAGUGCAUUCUAGACAGACAACCGGAUUACGGUAGUCCUCUUUCUCUCUCUCCCGCGCACAAACAUCCAGAGAGAGAGAGAGAGAGAGAGAGAAUUCACUCGAAACGAUAACGGUUUUUGUUUAUUCUCGACCCGAAAAAGUGAGACGGCGACGUUGUGCGAAAUGCACGCGUCUCCGUCUCUCGGAUGCGCCCGCUCCCUCGGUUCCGAAGCGUCACCCCCAGGCAAACAGGACGCCCGAACACAGCGAAAAAAUGGCUUCACCGCAUAAAAGUGCAAGUGCGAGCGACAGUGCGCGGCAACACAAGAGAGCGAGCAGAGAAAGAGAGAGAACACACAAAGCGACGUAUAGUUAGUCCGGAUGGAGAUGGUUUCAACAAUCAAAAAUUGAGUGGGGAAGGGAACUGUCUUCUUUUGCAGCAAUCCGCCUACGGAAUCUGUCUCCUCGUGCUCCUCCUGGCCGCCCUUCCUCGGAUCGUCAUCGUGCUCGCUGCUCCACAAGCCGCUCCGCUCGUCCCCAUUCUUUUCUACUUUUUAGGCACUGCACUCAACUUUUUUCAUGUAAGAUCAAAGAAAGUGAUACAUGCUCGGCAAGCGGGUCCCUUGCAGUUGUACGUGUACUGGCACUGGUACUGGCACGUGACUGCCAUGUGGAACUCUGUGGUUCGGGUGAAGUUCGGCGAGCGAUUGGUGAAUGCGAACAAUCGGAGCAGAAGGGACAAGCCGAUGGUGCCGAAGGAGGAAAUCGAUGAGGCGAUUCUGCACUACGUGCCUGGCGAAAGACCGCCCGAUCAGAACCACGUGGAUGCUCGGCCGCCCAAGGUGGGAGCAUCCCGCGAUCAAGUGUUCCAUGUUCAAUCUUCCAGGUGAUCAUCCCUCCGAACCCUUCUCAACCCGUCCGUUCUCCACCUCAAUCUCCUCCCCAAUCGAAUAGAAAUCGUCGUCGUCGUCAUUCGUCUCCAGAAGUGCCGAAGCAGACGUCCUGCCGGAAACUCCUUCCGAAUCAAUCGUCCUCUUCCCGUCCUCGAGUGUAUUUGAGUGAAGAAGAAGACGACGAUGAAACCGAUGGCGGGGACGAGGCCGACGUCGACGAACUGCCAAGCCCGCCGCCUCCGAUCUACGCGACCCGUCUAACUGCGGACUCGUGGGAAAAUCGGAGACUGCGUGCGCCCGGAAGAAGACAUCUCCCGCAGACUCCCGACCUUCCGAAGCACGGCGAACUUCCCGUUCUUUUCAAUAUUGCGCAUGCUAAUGUCUAG